AUGCUCUUUUUGGCAUUUCUUGGAUUCUUAUUCUCCAUUCUUGGAUUGCAGUGUCUGGUGUACACUGUCGUAGGAGAUGCGUGUGUUGCCAUGGAUGAAUGGGUCCAGAAUCCCACUGCCCAUACGGCAUUAGAUGACAUUCUUCCAUGUGUGGACAAUGCAACAGCCCAGGAGACUUUAUUAAGAACCAAGAAUGUCAGUUACCAACUUGUGAAUGUGGUGAAUGGCGUCAUCAAUAAUGUUGUCAACCAAAAUUUCCCUCCAUCAUCGGCACCUUUAUAUUACAAUCAAUCUGGUCCACGGGUCCCAGUUCUCUGCAACCCAUUUCAUUCUGACCUCACAGAUCGGCAAUGUGCAUCUGGUGAAGUUAGCUUGUACGAUUCCUCAGAGGUUUGGAAGAACUAUACCUGUCAGGUUUCAUCCUCUGGGAUUUGUUCAAAGCGUGGACGGCUGACCCCUCAAUUUUACACUCAGAUGUCAGCUGCAGUGAAUGUCAGUUAUGGUUUGUAUCGCUAUGGUCCAUUCCUGGUUAAUUUGCAAGACUGCACUUUUGUGCGUGAUACAUUCACAGAUAUCAGUCAUGAUUAUUGUCCUGGUCUGUGGCGCUAUAGUCAAUGGAUCUACAUUGGAUUAGUAAUUGUAUCUGCUGCUGUGAUGCUGUCAUUGAUCUUCUGGGUAAUCUAUGCAAGAGAGAGAAGGCACCGUGUUUAUACUAAACGGUACGAUGCUAGAUUAGAAGGCCUAUACAAGGGUGGAUAGGACACCAAGUCCAAUUAGCAGGUUGUUAAUUUGCUUGUAUAUUUUGAGUAACAUAGCUAAAUUUUGUACAUUAUGUUUGUUAUCCCUAGGCUUGAAUCUUUGUGCAAUGCAGUCUAUAGCAAUGCACAAGGAAUGACUUUCUUUUCCAUGAACCUUGACCAUUUUCUCCAAGUGUAUUGCAUCUCUCUCAUGAAGAACAGAAAAUUCUUUUGUUUUGUUAAUGUCAAGCUUCACCGACGGGCUAUAAACCACUGGUUCAUGGCAUGCAUGAAAAUUUUAAUUU